AUGUUGUGUGCUUGCUCAGGAGAGCAAUUCAAAUUUGAUGAACCACCGCAGUCUCCGGAGUCACUGGCAACAAGGGAUUUCUCGGCCAGUGGGCUUUCGUCGAGGACAACUGGAGACUGGGAGUCUAAACUUGAUGACAUUCAAGUGGAUGAAGCUGAAUCUACUCUCAAAGAGGCUCUCUCAUUGAAUUAUGAGGAAGCUAGGGCAUUGCUAGGGAGACUUGAAUAUCAGAGAGGGAAUUUUGAUGCAGCCCUUCAGGUAUUCCAGGGCAUCGACAUUAAGGGUUUGACCCCAAAAAUGAUCAAGGCUAUCGUUGAAAGAAUUCAGUAUAGAAAGCCGCGUUCCAAAGGUGAAAUUGUGCCUCCUAGUGUGAUGUCUAUGCAUUCAGUUAGUCUACUAGUUGAAGCAAUGCUGCUUAAAGCAAAAUCACUUGAGAAACUUGGGCAGUAUAGAGACGCUGCAAAGGAAUGCAGAAUUAUUUUGGACAUAGUUGAAUCAGCUCUACCUAAUGGCACUCCCGAAAGCAUUAGCGAAGACUGCAAGCUGGAGGAGAUGUUUCACAAAGCAUUAGAGUUGCUACCUGCUCUAUGGACAAAGGCAGGCUUGCUUGAUGAAGCUAUCGCUUCAUAUCGUAGGGCUCUCAUCAGGCCAUGGAAUUUGGACCCACAGAAGUUGGCUGGGGUGCAAAAGGAAUUAGCUUGUAUAUUACUUUACAGUGCUGUUGAAGCAAGACUUCCCCCUCAGUUACAGCCAUGGGGUCCAGCUAGCCCCCAGAGUAACACAGAGGAAGCAAUCCUCUUGUUAUUAGUACUCAUGAGUAAGGUGGCUUGUGGGGAAAUAAAAUGGGAUGAAGAAAUCAUGGACCAUCUGACUUAUGCACUCUCAAUGGUUGGACAGUUUGAGUUAUUAGCUGAGCAUGUGGAGCAGGCCCUUCCAGGUGUCUAUAACCGAGCCGAGAGAUGGCACCUUCUUGCUCUUUGUUACAGUGCUGCGGGUCAGAACGAAGCAGCCCUGAACCUGUUAAAGAAAGUUUUGGGUUGUUCAGAAUCAAAGAAUAAACCACACAUCCCUUCCUUUUUGUUGGGAGCCAAGUUAUGUUCCCAAGACCCAACACAUGCUCAUGAAGGCAUAAAUUUUGCUCGUAAGGUGCUUGAUUUGGCUGAUUAUGAGAAUCAACAUUUCAUCGGUCAGGCACACAAGUUCCUUGGUGUUUGCUAUGGGAAUGCGGCAAGAAUUUCCUUGUCUGAUUCUGAAAGAGUUCUCUUACAUAAAGAGGCUUUGAACUCUCUAAAUAAUGCAGCAUUAAAUAGGAAGGAGGAUCCAGAAGUGAUGUACAGCCUUGGGAUAGAAAACACGCUGCAGAGGAACCUGGGUGCUGCUUUUGACAAUGCAAUUGUGUGCACUGAAAUGAUGGCUGGAAACUCAGUAAAAGGUUGGAAGUUACUGGCCCUUGUAGUUUCUGCAGAGCAACGGUUCAGAGAUGCUCAAACAGCUGUGGAGUUUGCUUUGGACGAGGCUGGGAGGAUGGAUCAAUUUGAACUUCUUAGAUUGAAGGCUGUGCUACAAAUUGCUCAGGAACAGCCCAAGCAAGCAAUAGAAACAUAUAGAAUAUUGCUGUCUCUUAUUCAAGCACAGCGGGAUAGCCAAGCCAAGAACCCUGAGCAAGCCCAUAUUUUCAAAUCUGAGGUACUCGCAGAAAGAAACUUGGAACUGGCAGCAUGGCAAGAUUUGGCAGCCAUUUACACAAAAAUUGGUUCAUGGACUGAUGCCAAAAUUUGUGUGGACAAAGCCAAGUUGAUGGAGUUUCACUCUCCUAGAAGUUGGCAUGCGACAGGAAUGUUAUUUGAAGCUCAAUCACUGCACAAGGAAGCCCUUGUUUCUUUCUCGGUUUCAUUGUCAGUGGAACCCGAUUAUGUUCCGAGUAUUGUUGCAACUGCAGAAGUAUUGAUGAAGCUUGGUACCCAGUCAUUUCCCACUGCCAGAAGCUUUUUAAUGCAUGCGUUGAGAUUGGACCCCACAAAUCAUGAAGCAUGGUUAAAUCUUGGUUUGAUUUCAAAACUGGAAGGCUCUUUAAAACAAGCGGCAGAAUUUUUUCAAGCUGCACAUGAACUCAAGCUGUCAGCUCCCAUUCAAAGCUUUCUACUUGGCUUGGCUCUGAACUUUUCUGUUUUCUACUAUGAGAUUUUGAACUCCCCUGAAAGGGCCUGCCACCUGGCUAAACACGCAUUUGAUGAUGCUAUAGUAGACCUUCAUAACUUAAAUGAGGAAUCCUACAAGGACAGUACCUUCAUCAUACAGCUACUUAAGGAUAGUCUCACUUUAUGGACCUCAGAUCUGAUAGAGGAAGGAGGUGAUAUUCGAUAUUGUGAGCAGUCUAUAGCUGGUGAGCCUAAGGCGGUAGAGGCAAACAAGCGCUUAUCAUUUGAUUGGAUUGCUUUUUGA